AUGAACACCGUUAUUUGGGAUAUUGAAGGUGUGAUUAAUCAGAAACUUUUAACCUAUAUUUCGGAAGACGUUGAUGAUUUAACUCAGCUUACCGCUUCUAUGUUUUUGCAUGAUCUUAAAGAAACAGGAAUCCCAGAUCUUGAUGUUCUGGAUUCGUCGUCGUUAAAUAAAAGACAUGUUUACCGUCAACGUGUGAAACAAGAUUUAAGAAAACGGUUUCGUACUGAAUAUUUAGGAAAUUUACGCCAAUCAUCGAAAUCUCAUGAAAAUCAGAAACGCAUCCAAAUUGGUGAUAUUGUUCUGGUUUCUAGUGAUAACGUCAAGAAAAUUGAAUGGGCUCUGGCUAGAGUGGUCGAACUCUAUCGUUCUAAAGAUGGACAAGUUCGCAUAGUAAAAAUAAAACUGAAAAACAGAGAAUUUCUCCGUCCAGUGCUUAGGUUAAUACCUCUUGAAGUGACUGAUAAAAGUGACCCCUUUAUACCUGUAGCAGAACAGGAUUCUAUUCCCAAUGAUCGGAAGACUGUUGAAAAUCGUCUUUCAGAGAUCGCUUCUGACAACCCAGUAUUAGCUCAAAAGAUAACUCCUUUUAAGCAACGAACUGUUAAUGAUUUUUUCCCAGAGACUGCUCCUGAAAAAAGAUCCAGAUAUGGACGAUUAAUUAAACCUAGAAAUAGAGUUUGGGAUUCCCUGAAUGAAGAACCCUGUGAUUCAG